CCUAAAAAUCAAUCCCCGAUCCAAAGUGCAAAAGUGUAAUGUGAGUUGAGUUGAGGUUGGAGGGAAGAAAGAAUAAAGCUUCAUACGCUUGCUUGCUUGCUUGCUUCUCCGUCUAAGCGCCCAUUUUCCCGACAUUUCCAAUUUUCCAUCUUCUUCGUUUUCUCUCUCCUCAUCUGCCCUGAAGAAAAUGCAGUUGUAGUAACAUUAUUAGAGGAGAUGCAGAGGCGGCGCCUUUUCUCUCUCCUCCCUCGUCAUCCACCUCGACGUCCGCCACCACUUCCGCCUCACUCUCUCUUUCCUCUUCUCGGGUGUUCUUCCGACGAUUCGAAUUCUACUCCGCCUGCGAAAUCGGGUGUUGAACAAGGGUUUGGAAGAAGUAUUUCCCCCACGUUUUUGCGAGGGGUUUUGUUGUCUGAUUCUUCGAAUAGGGUUCCUCCAUUUUCCCAAAUUCCACUUGAUUUCACCCAUCAUCAGCUCUCUCUUCGUCGCAAUUUUUUUACUAGAGCUAAAGAAGUUCAGAGGAUUGAAGUUAAUGAUCAACACAGUCAACGGGCUGUCACAACUGCAUUAUGCUGCAACUUUCUUGUAUUUUCACUCAAGUUCGGGGUGUGGAUGACGACUUCUAGCCAUGUUAUGCUGGCUGAAGUUAUACAUUCUGUUGCUGAUUUUGCAAAUCAGGCGCUUCUUGCUUAUGGUUUGACUAGUUCAAGGCGCGGCCCAGACGCUAUUCAUCCCUAUGGUUACUCAAAGGAGAGAUUUGUUUGGUCCUUGAUAUCUGCUGUUGGUAUAUUCUGCCUUGGCUCGGGGGCAACUAUAGUACACGGGUUCCAGCACUUGUGGGAUACAGAGCCCCCAGAACACAUUAAAUAUGCAGCCCUUGUGAUUGCUGGCUCCUUUAUUAUUGAAGGUGCUUCUCUUCUCGUUGCAAUACAUGCUGUAAAGAAAGGGGCAGCUGCUGAGGGAAUGAAGCUCAGAGACUACAUUUGGCGUGGCCAUGAUCCAACUGCUGUUGCAGUCAUGACAGAGGAUGGUGCUGCAGUUACUGGCCUAGCUAUUGCUGGCGCUUCCCUUAUGGCUGUGCAUUACACCGGAAAUCCAAUUUUUGACCCCAUUGGUUCUAUUGUUGUCGGUAACCUGCUUGGAAUGGUCGCCAUAUUCUUGAUCCAAAGAAACCGUCAUGCUUUGAUCGGAAGGGCAAUUGAUGAUCAAGAUAUGCAAAAGGUCUUGGAGUUUUUGAAAAAUGACCCGGUUGUAGACUCAAUUUAUGAUUGCAAAAGUGAGGUGAUUGGACCUGGGUUCUUCAGGUUUAAGGCAGAAAUUGAUUUCAAUGGUGUCGUGCUGGUGCAAAACUAUAUUAAUCGUGCUGGGCGUGAACCAUGGGCUAGACAGUUCCGGGAUGCUGCAAAUGUAGAGGAUGAUACUGAAAUGAUCAAGGUUAUGUCAAAUUAUGGUGAAGAAGUCGUGACUGCUCUUGGAAGUGAAGUUGAUAGGCUGGAAUCCGAGAUUCAGAAGCUUGUUCCUGGUAUUCGACAUGUAGACAUUGAGGCGCAUAACCCCAUUAUUCCUUGAUCUUGAUAUAUUCAUACAUCUAAUGAUUGUUGAGUUUGGCUGAUAUGUAAUUACCCAGAAUUUUGCUAAAAUCUUGUGUACAUAAUACACAUGGGAUAUACAUGAAUUGCUUGGUUUUGUUGGUA